CGUUUGUGUGCGCGUGGCCGCUGUCGCGCGAGCUUGCCACAGCAACAACAACUGUGGAGGCAGUGACAGUUGCUCUCYGCUCGCGCCGCCGCCGCUGGAAUUAUCACCCAGUAAGAAGAAGAAGAGGAGCUCCAGGUCCUCCACAGGAGCUCCCCUCUGCUAUGGACUAAUUCCUGGAGAGAUUUUCUACACUACUUUUCCAUUCCCCUCACCCCACACACCUUUACCUGUUACACCUGGUCCGAGCUGGACAGCAUGGUGUUGAGCAAACACAGCUCCUGACUGGAAGCCAUGAAGCAGACCGGGAAGUGACCCUCGCUGGACUCUAGACUGGCACGAUGGCGUCCAAGGAGAGACUGUAUGAAGUGUGGAUGCUCUACUGCACCAAGAGGGAUCCAGACUACUUCAAGAUCUGGCUGGAGAUCUUCAUCGGCUCGUAUGAGCAGUGCCUCGAUGUGGACUUUGAGAAGCCUCUGUCAAGACCUGACGAGGUCCCGCCCGUGUUGUCGCUCCUGCCCGACAACAUCCUGCAGGUUCUGCGCCACCAGCUGCUGCAGUGCGUCCAAAAGGCCUCUGAUGGUUUGGAGCCUGAGCAGCAGCAUCUGGCUCUGCUGCUGCUGAAGUUCCUCAUCAUCAUCUGCAGGAACCUGUCUAAUGUUGAGGAGAUUGGCACAUGCUCCUACAUCAAUCACAUCAUCACCAUGACAACACUGUACAUCCAACAGCUGAAGAGCAGGACCAAAGAGAAGGAGCUGAUGGACCAGAGUCAGGCGGAAGACUUCGUCCGUCACUCACUGGCGUUCUGCGAGAGCCUCUACGACCCGUACCACAACUGGAGGCAUCGGACACGAGGGGAGCAGCUGGGUACGGUGGAGAGGAGCAGGCAGAAGUACAAGGCGGCACCUCUCACCGUUGAGUUUGUUCCUUUCUUCUAUCAGUGUUUCCAGGAGAGCGAACACCUGAAGGAAAGUCUCAAAUGCUGCCUGCUGCACUUGUUUGGAGCCAUAGUAGCUGGUGAUCAGAGGAAUGCUCUGCUUGCCAUCUCUCCAGCCACCAUGGAGGUGUUGAUGCGGGUGCUGGCGGACAGCUACACGGGCAGCAGGUCCUCGGAYGAGGCGGAGGACUGGGACAGCGAGGCCGUCAGUCCGAUGGCGCUGCUGACCCUGGGCUGCCUGCGGGAGGUGGUGCAGUGCCUCCUGGCCUCCAGCUCCGACCAGCGGCAGGUGGAGAUCGUCUCCGUUCUAGAAAAUUACUUCAAGCUGCUCAACUCGGACCCAGCAGCUGUCAUUUCUGCCCGACAGCAGCAGCAGCAAGCCAAAGGCCGAGUUCCCGCUCUGGGCCGACACUGGGAGUGUCGAUUUGUGGCGCUGCAAGUCCACAUGUUGGACACGAUCAGGGACAUGUUCCUGUGUUCGGACAGGCCGGUUCUACAAGCCAUCUUUCUCAACAGUAACUGUUUUGAGCAUCUGAUACGACUUCUGCAGAACAGCAAGCUGGUUAACGCUAGGUGCACCGCGGCAGACAAGGACCAGAAAGAUAUAACCAACAACAGGUUACAGACAGGAGAGGGAGACGCUCAGGUGUUACAAGGACGACUUGACUGCCUCGCUGUGUCCACCAUCAAAGCCCUGACAACUGUGAUGCAUAAAUCACCAGCUGCAAAGGAGGUUUUUAAGGAGAGGAUCGGUUACAAUCAUCUGUACGAAGUUUUGAUUUCACUCGGCCAGCCGUCCCGACACCUCCUCAAAGAACUAAUGAACAUGGCAGUGGAGGGCGAGCACACCUCUGUGGGAMUCCUCGGGAUCAGCAACGUAGAGCCUCUGCUGCUCCUGGUCCAGUGGCUGCCCGAGCUGGACUCACCAGAACUACAGCUCUUUACGGCGGAUUGGCUCCGCCUCCUGAGCUGCCUCAACCGCCAGACCCGGGCCACCUGCGUCAACGCCGCCAUGGUCCUGCGAGCUCUGGCCGCUCUGGAGCACCACGAACGACUACACCGUGCCUGCUCCGAAAGCCUGUUUGGUUUGGUGGGCUCGCUGGGCUCUCAGUCCCUGAGCUCCAGAGAACUGCUUGGACUCCUGCGUCUCCUCAGGCCUACGGAGCCCAACCGGGCACAUCCGUACGUUGGCCCGGCUCUGAGGGCCCUCCUGACCAUGGUUCGCACGCAGGGCCUCGAGAGCGCCAUGCAGUACUUUGAUUUGUCGCCCAGUAUGGCUGGCAUCGCGGUUCCAACGGUGCAGCGCUGGCCGGGUUCUGCCUUCAGCUUCCAUGCCUGGUUGUCUCUAGACCAGGACCAGCUGGGUCCGCUCAGCAAAGACAAAAGAAAGCAGCUCUACAGUUUUUUCACCCCGGGGGGGACGGGCUUCGAGGCUUUCAUCAGCUCGGCGGGGGUGCUGGUGGUGGCUGUGUGCACCAAGAAGGAGUACGUCACCGUCAUGCUGCCUGACUACUGCUUCUGUGACUCUCUCUGGCACAGCAUCGGUGUGGUCCACAUACCUGGGAAGAGGCCCUUUGGACAGAGUCUCGUCUACCUUUAUGUGGACGGACAGCAGAAGUUAUCCGCACCCCUGAAGUACCCCACUAUGACAGAGCCGUUCACCUCCUGCUGCAUCGGCUCGGCGGGCCACCGCACCACCACUCCCCCUCCCUCCCAAAUCCCAGACCCUCCCUUCUUUGCUGCCGCCACGCCCACCACCCGCUCCUCGCUCGGCGGCAUCCUCUCGCCGCAGACCUGGGGCGGGCUCCUGGGGGGGAAGCCCGAGUCCGUGACCAAGCUGAUCUCGGCGGGGACCCAGGACAGUGAGUGGGGGAGCCCGACGUCCCUGCAGGGCCAGCUCGGAAGCGUCAUGGUGUUUCACGAGCCGCUGCAGCCCAAUCACCUGAAGGCAAUCUGCAGCGCUGGUCCAAACUGCAUCUCUCCCUUUAAGGCCCAGGAAUCAGAACUCGCUGACAUUUCAACCAAACUCCUGCUGCAUUACUCGCCAAAGGCCUGCAGAAACCCCAUCUGCCUCGAUCUGUCUCCAAACACGCUGCAUGGACGCCUGACGGGGAGAAAAGUUGUCAACUGGGAUAUCAGGGAUAUGAUUAACUGUGUGGGAGGCCUGCCGGUGCUUUUCCCCGUGCUGGAGCAGCUGGUCCUGAUGACCCCGGACCAACAGACCAGUGAUCCCACACCUGGACCUGACUCUCUAACCCCGGAUGUGACCACGCCGGCUGACGGAGACUGGGUUAUUCUCCCCUCUAACCGAGCUUCRGAGGCACGCCUGGAGAAGAAUUUGGUGGCCACUUUCCUUCUGGUUCUGAAACAUUUUCUGCAGAGACACCAAAUCAACCAGGAGAUUCUGCUCCACUCACACGGUGUGGGAACUCUGGGAGCCCUGCURCAAAAGCUUCCUGCGGGGCAGGUGGACGUCAGCAUGCUGGUGGCCAUGCAGCUGCUGAUCGAGCAGGUGACCUUCGAGAAGAACCAGGCACUGCUGCAGCAGUUUCACGCACAUCUGCUGUUCAACUUCAACAUCUGGAACAAAGGAGACUUCCCUCUCCGCAUAGGCCACAUCCAGUACAUGUCCACCAUCAUCAAAGAUAACAGGAAGCAGUUCAGGAAGAAAUACGGAGUUCAGUUUCUGUUAGACGCCAUUCGGCUUUAUUACGGGAGAAACGCAAACAAAGAGAACAACCUGAGCGACGAUGACGUCCGCACCGUCCGAGCCUCUCUGAGCGGCCUGGUCAAGUACUAUAUCAGCAAGGGCAUGUCACAGGAAGAGAUGCUGAGCAUUCUGGGAUACAUCGCUGCCAUCGGGGAUGAAGAACAGCUGUGCUCUCUGUUGGAGAUGCUGCUCAGUUUGCUGCAGAGCAGUCCAGCCAAAGAUCAGCUCUUCCUGCUGCUCUUCGAGCCGGCGGCGGCCGACUCCUGCUACACCCUCCUGCUCAACAACAAACACUCGGAUCGACUGCGAGAGCUCGUCUUCAAGCUGUUUGAGCGCAUGCUGCGCUGCGACCGCGUUUACGAGAAGAACAAGCAGCGUCUGCGUCUGAGGGAGGUGGGUUACAGCGGUCUGUCUCUGGUCUUCUCCGAGCUCCACAUCACUCCCAUUCUGAUCCGCUGCCUCCUCAAUCAGGUCCUCCACACAGAUCAAGUUGUGAACUAUAAGGACCUGAUGGCUCUGGUCCAGCUCACACACAGAGCUGGACCCAAUGUACGCCUGAUYGUCUGCAAGAGGGUGCACCAGCUGCUUCAGUCCCAACAGGAAGCUGCCACUCAGAUCUCAAAGCAGCAGUGCUGGCAGGACACCCUCAUGCGUCUGUAUCUCAAAGGUGAUGGCUCCCUGUCGCUGCGUGGUUCUGACACCGUCAGCACCUGCAGCCUGGACCUGAACCGGAACACCAACCGCCUGGAGCUGCCGCUGGAGAAGAGGGCGCGGGUGGGCAGCGCCGGCCGCUCGGACCGUCCGGACGAUGACCGGCUCAGCAUCGGCGACGCGCGCUCUGUGGACAGCCUGGAGAACGGUGAUGUCAUCUCGCUGCUGGACACCCCAUCCUCCUCCGCCUCCAAUGAGCCACAGCUCCCGGUCAAACCUUGGGUGGUGGGGAAAUCCGGGGGCCUGACGUUGGACCUGUCCCACCUGCAGACCUGCGAGCCCGGGGAGAGCGGCAGCCAAACACCUGGGAGCGUGCCCAGCACACCUUCACCACUGGAAACCUCAAAGCCUUUCCCCGGAAACAGCGGCAAUAAAGAAGCUCCUUCCCUGACAGAGGACAGCUUCAUGUUUGGAGACAACAUCUCGCUGGGGGAGUCCUUCAACAGCGCUGAGAGAGUGGAGGAGGAACUGUGCAGCAUGCUGCUGGAGAUCCUCCUGUGCGUGAUGUGGCGCGGCGUCAAGGGUUCAGACGAUUCUGCGUGGCUGGAACGUGGUCAGGUGUUCUCGGCUCUCACCAAGCUGGGAACUGCCAAUGAGCUGCUGCUCCCUGUCGACCAGAUCAAGCUCAGGCUGUUGGAGUGCAUGCUGGAGUGGUCGGUGAGCGAUAACCGCGAGGCCUCGGCCGCCACACUGCCCCAACACACGGAGAACGCAGUACGGCUGCUUCACAUCGUGCAGGACUUUCUCCAGGCGGAGGGUUUGAUCAGUCCAGGGCUGUGGACGGAGAAGGUUCUGGAAGAGACUGUGACACUAAUGGACUGCCUCAUGGUGUGGUAUUCUGCCGGCACCCAGUGGCUUCAGCUGUCUCAAGUGGGACUGAGACUUCUUCUGGGAUUCAUGGCUCAGGAAGACCCUGAGGUGUGCGCCAUGGCCACGGCUAAGCUCAACGGCAUUCUGCAGACCAAGGAGGUGACGAGCCAGGACGAGGCCUGCUACCUGCUGGGAAAACUGGAGGGGAUCCUUCGGCGCUCCAUCCAGGAGCAGACCGAGGAGAUCUACUCAUUCCUGGUUCCACUGCUGCGAACGCUGCUCUCCAAAGUCAGCCGCCUCCUUUAUAUGGAGCUGCACCUCCCCCAGCUCCCCGACACCAACGGCAGCCCGUCCUUUUUCGAGGACUUCAAGCUGUAUUGCAACUCGCCCGAGUGGCGCGUCUACCUUGACAAAUACAUCAUUCCGUACAUGAAGCAGUAUGAAAUUGAGAUGUUCAGCCAGGGUCAUGAGUCCAUGGCUUUGUACUGGAAGGAGUGCUACGAAGCCUUCAUGGUCAGCCUCCAUAAGAGAGAAAGAGAGAGGGGCGAGAGCAAGAUCCGCUUCCAGGAACAGUUUGUGGAGCCCUUCUCGCGCCGCGGCCGCCAGGAGAACCUGCGCUACAACAACAUGCUGAAGCAGCAGCACAGCCAAAACAGCGCCACCCUCAGGCAGUGGAAGGCAGCACGGCGGGGUCUGGUGUGUGAGAGAGGUCCCUGGGCCGACAGACAACAGGAGGAGAUGCACUGGAGGGUGUCAAGUGCAGAGAACUACUCCAGGAUGAGGCUGAAGCUGGUCCGCAGUUACAACUUCGACCCUCACCGAGAGGCCAGCGCUCUGAGAGACAACCUGGGUGUCCAUCAGCAGCGUGUAAACCCAGAGUCUCUGCUGCUGGAAGCUGUGAAGCAGGUCAAAGUCAGCGAUCUGGAAGACGACAUCUUGGAGCUGCCGGAGGACGACCCUGCUGCUGCGAACAACAUGGCUGAAGCAGAAGAGGCUGGUCAAAAAGAAAAACUGGUGCUGGGCGAGGACUGUGAGCUAGUGACUGUGGUGGAUGUUGUCCCCGGCCGCCUGGAACUCACCACCCAACACAUCUACUUCUACGACAGCAGCCAGGAGAAGGAGGAGGGAGUGGGUCACGACUUCAAAUGGCCCCUGUCACAAAUACGAGAGGUCCACCUGAGACGAUACAACCUGCGACGUUCUGCUCUGGAGAUCUUCCUCAUCGACCAGACAAACUACUUCCUCAACUUUAAAAAGGAGGCGAGGAACAAGGUCUACAGCCGAAUGCUGCUGCUGCGAUCCCUCAACCUUUAUGGAACCCGUUCACCGCAAGAACUCCUYAAAGCCUCUGGACUUACACAGAAAUGGGUGAACCGAGAGAUUUCCAACUUCGACUAUUUGAUGCAACUCAACACAAUUGCAGGCAGGACGUACAAUGACCUCUCCCAGUACCCAGUGUUUCCUUGGAUUCUGUCCAACUACACCUCAGAGGAGCUGGACCUCUCUGACCCACGGGUGUUCCGGGACUUAUCGAAGCCAGUAGCCGUGCAAAACGAACGCAACGCUAAAGUAGUCCGAGAGAAGUAUGAAAGUUUCGAGGACCCAACAGGGACCAUCGACAGGUUCCAUUACGGCACGCACUACUCAAAUGCUGCCGGAGUGAUGCACUACAUGAUCAGAGCUGAACCCUUCACCUCCCUGCACAUCCAGCUGCAAAGCGGACGGUUUGACUGCGCCGACCGCCAGUUCCAUUCCAUCCCGGCAACGUGGCAGACCCUCAUGGAUAACCCCAAUGACGUCAAGGAGCUCAUCCCCGAGUUCUUCUACUUCCCAGAGUUUCUGGAGAACCAAAACGGCUUUGAUCUAGGCCGCCUCCAGAUCUCUAAGGAGAGGGUGAACGAUGUUGUUCUUCCCAAAUGGGCCAAGUCCCCGGAGGACUUCAUUUAUAAGCAUCGCAAAGCUCUGGAGUCGGAAUAUGUCUCGAUGCACCUCCACGAGUGGAUCGAUCUGAUAUUUGGUUACAAACAGAAGGGCCCAGCAGCAGUGGAAGCCCUCAACGUCUUCUAUUACUGCACAUAUGAGGGGGCGGUGGACUUGGACGCCAUCACUGAUGAAAAGGAACGUAAAGCUUUGGAAGGAAUGAUCAGCAACUUUGGUCAAACUCCCUGCCAGUUACUGAAGGAGCCACAUCCGAUGCGUCUGACUCAGGAGGAAGUGGAGAAGAGGAAGGCUCAGCAGGACUCGUGUCCUCUCAACAUGUUUGAUCACCUCAGUGACCUCAAGUCUUUCUUUGUUGAGGGUAUCAGUGACAACGUGCCGCUGGUUAAAGCUGUCGUGCCAAAGAAUCAGUCCCGGUCCUUCAUCACCCAGGGGAGUCCUGACACCAUGGUGACGUUGAGUCAAAACUGCCUGAUGGGGACCCAUGGCUGGCUGCCUUACAACAAGAACAUCUCCAACUACUUCACCUUCAUCAAGGACCCCACAGUGUCCAACACCAAAACCCAGCGUUUCCUGUCAGGACCUUUCGCCCCCGGCGUGGAUGUAGCAGCAGGGCUGUUUGUCGUCUCCCACGACGGAAAGUUGCUCUUCAGCGGGGGACACUGGGACAACAGCCUUCGUGUCACCUCGCUGGUUAAAGGCAAGACAGUGGGACAACACAUCAGACACAUGGAUAUCGUAACUUGUUUAGCAACAGACCACUGCGGGAUCCACCUGAUUUCCGGCUCCAGAGACACAACCUGCAUGGUGUGGCAGGUUCUGCAGCAGAGUGGAGCUCCUGUGGGCCUCUCCCCCAAACCUGUCCAGGUGUUGUACGGACACACAGACGAGGUGGUCAGCGUCGCCAUCAGCACCGAGCUCGACAUGGCUGUCUCUGGAUCACGAGACGGCACAGUGAUCAUCCACGCCGUCCGGCGGGGUCAGUACAUGCGGUGCCUGCGGCCGCCGUGCGACAGCUCCCUGCAGCUGUCCAUCCUCCACCUGGCUGUGUCCUGGGAGGGWCACCUGCUGGUCCACACCUGCUUGGAGGGCAAAGCCACACUGAAGGAUAAAAACACUCUUCAUCUUUACUCUGUGAACGGGAAGCACCUGUGCAGCGAAGCUCUGAAGGAGCAGGUGACAGACAUGUGUGUGACAGGGGAGUACGUGGUUACUGGGAGUGAGCAGGGGUACCUGUCCAUCCGUGACCUCUACAGCCUGUCUCUGAGCACCGAGCCCAUGGCCAUGCGGGUCCCGGUCCGCUGCGUCUCCGUCACCAAGGAGCAGAGCCACGUCCUGGUGGGCCUGGAGGACGGCAAGCUGAUCAUCGUGGGCGUGGGCAAGCCGGCAGAGAUCACACGGAAGCUGUGGGGCUCCAGCAAGAAGCUGAGCCAGAUCUCCACUGAGACCGAAUACAACACCAACAAGGAGGACAGCAAGUGACCCCCCCUCCCCCCCUCCUGGUCCCUGAGUGCCCCUCCCCCCUCCCUCGCUCCCGUCCAUCACCUCGUUUCCCUCAGUUCCUUCAUUAUUCCGCUCUGGUUUUACCCAAAAAGAAGGUUAGCAGCAUUUUUUAUUUUUAUUUUUUUUGUGGAGUCUGGAGUUCUGAGCAUCGCCGUGUGUUUUCAUUUCUCGCUUUGGACCGACUGUACGGUGCUGGCGCCGUGCUUUCGCCACAGAACUGGUUCCGGCCUCUAGUAAAUCCCCGUCACUACUUCCAAAACAUCAUUUUUCACAGCUCAAAGCAACACUGUAAAUCUACUCGAGGCUGUUAACAAAUAGUAUCUUACCUGUUGUAGAUCGCUCUUCAGACAACCUCGGUUUAGACAAAAAGUUUAACGAGCUAAAGGCUAGUCAGAGCAGACCACACUGUUUUAUAAACCUUUACAUUGUGGCAAUGUUAUAGAUAAUCUAUGGUUAUUUGCAAGUUCAAUCAGCAGCAGCAGCUAGCUGUAGCUCUUCCUGUAGGAAUACCUCUCUCAGAAUAACCACAAACUUUUCUGUAAAGGUUCAUAAAAACACGAGCUGUUUUGAAAUGUUAGAGAUCAGAGUUGCUCUGAGCCACUCUGGCCCUGGUUACUCGCUGACUAGCCAUUAGCUCAUCACCCUGGUCAGGAUUAACCUCUUGUUUCUUAAAUAUUUUUGUUUUUUAUCAUACUGAUAAGCUAACGGCUAGUCCAAACACAGCCAAAACCAAAUCAGGUAGCUGCAAUCUUUAAAUYGUAAAUUAAACGGUUUAUGUAAAUGCAUUCUUCUGAAACAUUUUCAUCAGUUUUUAGUUAUUUUUUAGCUCUUUGUAUACAUCAAAUGUGUUCUUUGCAGCAGUGAGGUCCUGGCCUCCUCAUGGACUAGCUAUUAGCUCAUCAGUCUGGUGAGAAUUAAAGUACAUUUUUCCAAACUGAGACGACUCAAAGCACCUUCUGCAACAAGAAAGAAACCAUUUGUGAACUGAUCAACUUCAUAUUUCUCUUCUUAAACCGUUUGUGGGACUUUCCUCGGUUGCCUCGAAGCUGCUGCCGCGCAGCCUUAUGCAGUAAAAUAUCAACCACAAAACCAAACUCUACGCCUUUUCUAUGUUUUUCAGUGAAUAAACACAAUUACAUUUUUGUUUUUCUAUCAUAUCUUUAGGUUUUCUGAUAAAUCAACACAACUUCCAGGCAUCUUUUCUUUCACAUUUGUCAUUUUAAUUUUUGUAUUUAUUGUUUUGUAAUAAAAAGAAACAGUAAAAUAUCAUUAAAACACUA